GUGUGUUUGUUGUGAAAUUGAUGAAAACUAUGGCUGGUUCUACACACCACAAAAGAAACAAUGGCUUGUGCAACCCUUCACCUCUCAACCCCUUUCUCCCAGCACAACCACCCUCUCAAACCCAAACUCCAUUUCCCAACUUCCUUCAUUCUCCCCAAAACUCUCUCCGCCAAACGCUACAAUAACCCUCCGAAAUUCAGCGUCGACAUCUCGAACGAAGAGCCACCCACUUCACCAGAUUCAGAAUCAGAAUCAGACAAACGGCGUUUGGAAGAGAAAUUCGCAGUGCUGAACACAGGCAUCUACGAAUGCCGGUCUUGUGGCUAUAAAUACGACGAGGCCGUUGGUGACCCUUCGUAUCCAAUUCCACCUGGAUUUCAGUUCGAGAAGCUCCCCGACGAUUGGCGAUGCCCCACGUGCGGUGCUUCACAGAGUUUCUUUGAGAGCAAAAUGGUUGAGAUUGCUGGGUUUGCGCAGAACCAGCAAUAUGGGCUUGGAGGCAAUUCUCUCACUUCGGCCCAGAAGACUGUGCUUAUAUAUGGCAGUUUGUUGCUUUUCUUUGUGCUUUUUUUGAGUGGUUACUUCCUUCAAUAAUCAUUAGUUUUGGUUUAUGUUUAAUUUCUCUUAUUGGGUAACUCUUUUCUUUUUUAGUAUAUUAUAUUAUUAAGCGUGUGAGGAGGGCUUAUGUAUUCAAUUCAUGCUAUAUAUAUGUAAUAUAUAUCUAUAUAUAUAAUUCGAUGUCGAAAGUUUGUAGUUUUUUGUUUAAACGACAAGAUCUUCCAAUGCUUUGUUGAUAGCAUGUCUAUGUAUGAAGUCACCAUUGAGAGCCAGCCAAGUAAUACAAUCAAAGAAACUUGAAAUUUGCCUCUGCAUGAUGUUUUCUUGUUUAGGUAACUCAACAGAUUAUCCCUACUAUAAAAUUUUUAUUUGUUAGAUUUUACUCUUGAUCAAUUAUGCAUUUUUCCCACCCGUGAGAAGAGCAUUUUCAUGUAGACUAUCUUAAAAGGCACACCACACGCCCCUCAUGAAUGUAGUAUGUCUAAAUUAUUAGUAUUUCUUAGAUUAGGUUGAUAUCCACAGUUUAAUUGUUGGUGAGGCUUCAGUUAGCCAGCCGUUUCA